GUGUAAUCAACAUGAACUAGUAUGACAGGUCAAGGUUCAACAAUAGUAUCUAUAAAAUUGAGUAUAUAAUAAAUUCCUGGAAGAAUUUUAAAUUAAUUGAGUUCCGUUAUAAAUUAAACAGUAUAAUACCAUGGAUAAAAAAUCGAAACUUGAAUUGCUACGUGCAAAUUUAGCAAGUUAUCCAGAUUUUCCUAAAAAGGGAAUUCUUUUUUGGGACAUAUUUUCUAUUUUAAAAGAGCCAGAACUAUUUCACGUUUUAAAAGAUCUGCUUAUUGAGACAGUGAAGGAAAUUCAACCACUUCCAGAAUGUAUUGUCGGCCUCGAUGCUAGAGGAUUCCUAUUUGGGCCUCUUUUGUCUCUAGAGUUUAAUAUACCAUUUGUACCUAUACGAAAACCGGGAAAGUUGCCUGGAGAUCUUAUCACUAGCACCUACAAGAAAGAAUAUGGAGAAGAUUCCUUAGCACUGCAGUUAAAUAGUAUAACAGAUGGUCAAAGAGUUUUAAUCAUUGAUGAUCUCUUAGCAACUGGAGGAACUUUAGAAUGUGCUGUUCAAAUGGUACAAAAGGCAGGGGGUAAUGUUAUAGCCUGCUUAGCACUCAUAGAAUUAGAAGAAUUGAAUGGUAGAAAAUUAAUAAAGAACGAUAUUAUAUCUUUAAUUAAAAUAUAGUUUUAAAUAUU